ACGGCCGGGCCUCGCUGCUUUCCGCACUAAAUUUUUUAUCGUCCUCCUCCCCCUCAGCUCGAGCCGGCCGGCCGCUCGCCUAUAAAAUCCCGGGGCCGGACUCCGAGCUCACAGACUCGGACGACACAGCUAGCUAGCUGCUCGCACUGGGCAACCCACCCCAGCGCAGCCGACGCCUAUAGAAAUUUCCACGCUACUGCUACGAGGGAGCGAGCACAAAAGCCCUCUAGCUGGCUAGCAAAGCAACCAUUUUGAAAGGCGGCCGAUCGGAGUGAGCAUUAGUCGAUCUACGCACGGGGAACAGCGCUGGUGCAGCUCGAUCUCCUUGCUGUACGUUUCUGCUGUUCUAGAGUGUGAUCUGCUUGUUGGGGUAGCUGGAGCCUGGAGGAUGGGCUGCGAGGAGGACGAGAGGCUGCUGUUCCCGUCCUUCGCCUUCCCGGCGGAGAGCUUCGCGGAGGCCGCCACCCCCGGCUCCGGCGGCGAGCAGAAGAAGGCGCGGCAGCGGCGGAGGCGGAAGCCGCGGCCGGCGGGGGAUGGCGACGGCGGCGACGAGCAGUCCAAGAAGCGGCGGCUCAGCGACGAGCAGGCGCGGUUCCUGGAGCUCAGCUUCCGGAAGGAGCGGAAGCUGGAGACGCCCCGCAAGGUGCAGCUCGCCGCCGAGCUCGGGCUCGACGCCAAGCAGGUGGCCGUCUGGUUCCAGAACCGCCGCGCCCGCCACAAGAGCAAGCUCAUGGAGGAGGAGUUCUCCAAGCUCCGCGCCUCGCACGACGCCGUCGUCAUCCAGAACUGCCACCUCGAGACCGAGCUGCUGAGGAUGAAGGAGAGGCUGGCGGAGGCGGAGGAGGAGAAGCGGAAGCUCAUCGCGGCCGCCGCCGCGGGCGCCGGCAGCAGCAGCCCGAGCUCGUCGUCGUUCUCGACGGUGACGCACCACCCGGCGGCGCUGGUGGGGCAGUUCGGGGUGGAGGCGGAGGAGGCCGCCGACCUCGCCUACAUGAGCGAGUACGCGUACAACAGCUAUAUGAACAUGAUGGACCUCGCGCCCGGCUACUUCGGUGGCGUCUACGACCACUUCAACUGAGCGACCAGGAGAGCAGGAAGGAUUAACUGGCUAUCAUCUAGCUAUUUUCGUGUUGAUGAAUCGAUCGAUUUGCAGGGCACGUAGCAGCAGCAGCAGCAGCAGCAGUAGCAAUCAAGUCAGCAGUAGUGGUAUAACUAGUAGUGCGUUCUAUCAGCCAUCAAUGUCCUGACGAGAAUUAAGUCUAUUCAGUAACUGGUUAAGCCAUGUAGAUUAGUAACUGGUAAUCUAUGUGAAUAUGUGUGGAUUAUCGUGCAAGUGCUUUAUCAUGGACUGGUGAUCUCUGGGAUGUAAUAUUGGGAGGUAAUCGGAAUCAGAAACUCAGAAUGUUGCUUUGUACA